UAAAUCCAGAAAAACCAGAAAAACCAAAUUACUCUUAUUGUAAACUUCUAAAAUAUUUUGUUUUUCUUUAAAAUACUGAACAUCUAGUGACUUCAUGAUCUUAAAUCUGCAGCAGAUAUAAACAAAAAGAAUGUAUCAAGUACCAAAUUACACCCAGACUGUGUCAAUGAGAUUAUCAGAGGUUCUGGCUGAUAUAGGUGUUGAUGAGAGAAUGAUACUGAAGAGGAGAAGAACAUGGCUUCUGAGAGAAUCACUAAUAAAUAUAAAUGACCAACUACUUGAUAAGAAUAGUAUUUUAACACACAUUUUUGGGAGUCAAUCAGAAGGUACAACUACAAUAGGAAUGCAAUCAGACUUAGAUCAACUUAUAUACAAUAAAACAUUUAAUGUGAUACAAGACUGGAGUGACUGGAUACCUGGUGUAGGUAAUCUCUUGAUGAUUCAAGAUAAUUCUGUAUCUCCUGGGUAUUGUUUACUUCAAUGUCUGAGAGUUGAUGUACCUCUUUCUGCUAAUGGUGAUUCUGAUCAAUACUUCUUCAAAGACAGAACAGGAAAAUUGUUUUUUACGAAUUCUAUAGUAAAUAUUUGCAAUAGAGACCGCGAAAUACAUGGGCCUGCAGGUAUACUAAAAGGACAAUCAGGCUACAAUGAUUUAGAUAAAGUGUUUGCUCUACAUUGUACAACAUGGCCCCAACAAGCUAGACAAUGGUUGGAUCAACAAGAUGAAGAUCAAUGGCCGUCUGCUGAAAUGAAACAAUAUUGCAGCAGAACUGGAUGCUUUGUUGUUGGUGUUGGAUGUAGAGGCAGUAAACAUGAGCAACUUGAAUGGAGAAUAUCAACAUCUUUAGCAGAAAGGUGUUUAAUGUUCAACCUGAAUAUUACACAGAUUCGCUGUUAUGUCUUAAUGAAAGUGAUCUUAAAAGCAUAUAUUACUCCAUUCUUUCAAGAUGUGAUAUCCAGUUACAUGUGUAAAACUGUAGUCUUCCACUGUAUUGCUAAUACACAUUCUAACAUCUGGAGAAAAAAUAACUUACUUUCUUGUCUAACACAAUGUUUAUAUCUCCUGUACACCAAUAUCAUUAAUGAGAAUUGUCCACAUUUUAUCAUACCUGGGAACAAUUUAAUGAGGGGAAAAAUUUCACCUGCAGUCAAACCAUAUAUCCUGGAAAUACUCAACAAUAUUAUCAACAGUGAAGGAGUGGCACUACUUGGCAUUAAAUGUGAUGCUCUUGGUUCAAGGCUUCAUCUCAAGUUUUAUAACUUAUGUCCAUUCAAGGAAAGUGAUAUUAUUUCAGGAACACUAUUAUUUAAUCUGGCUCUCGGAAAAUCUCACACACUAACAGAAACUUGUAAUCUUCUUAAGGACAGUAGUCCUAAUGAAGCUGUAGAAAAAUUAAAAAAAUAUAUAUUAAAAGCAUUCUACUGUCAAUAUGAAGGAUUGGCUAAGACAGCCAGUCUUCUUCUGUUACGGUGGUAUUGUACAACACUUGGAUCUGUCCUGGCUUCACGCAACAUCUGUCUAUACAACACUGUAUCAGCCGAUGCCCUCAAACUCAUCUCACUUGGUCUGACUACAGAUGUUGCAUCAAGUAAACUUAAACUAGCUUCAAUCCUUUACUGUGUUCAAGAAAUACAAAAAGCUGACCUAGUAAUCAGUGAGAUUGAAAGAAGUUAUGAUCUUCAAAUUGUUGAGUCUGUCUGUUGUUGUUAUCAAUUUGAGAAAAUAUUUAAACAAGGAUUUGCGCAAUUAUGUGACAAUUAUAAUGAAGAAGUCUUACAGUAUACAACAGCAUCAUGUGUUAGAUUUCUGCCAUGUGAAAUUCACUGUGUACCAACUGAACUCAGAUAUGAAAUGUUUAGAUCUACACAAGAGGACAGAAUGUUUCGUACAGAAGAUGAUGAAUGGAUGGAUUGUGCUGUGGUGGAUUCCCUCCCUUACCUCUACUUUCUACAAUACAAAGUUUACAACCAUUUAGGGAGACAUGAUCAGAAACAAGCUGCGCUCUUAAAACUUAUCAGUACCAUAAAAGAAGAACCAAACCUUGGACAUCGGGAAACAGCUCUAAAUAUUCUUGGAAAGUGCAUGGAACAAGAAGGUAGAGCUGGAGACGCUUUACAGUGUUAUUCUAUGUCACUAAAUAUAAGGAGGAGAAACAAUGCUGCAAAGUUUCAUAUGAGUAUACUCCUAUCUGUACUGAUAAAUACAAGGACAUAAAAGUUACGACAAAAUAUGACAAUGACAAAAGCAGGACAGAAAAAGAAAGUUGGAAUAACUACAAGCUAGAUAAGGACAGCAACAUUUACACUAUUUAAAUAUUAUAUUCUUUUUGAAAUAGCAUAUUUCUUGUAAACACUUUGGAAUGUGUAAUAAAAUUCAUCCAUCCCUGUAUGAAAGGAUAAAAUAUCAGUUGAUGUAGGACAGCUCACUUGACUAUCCUCAGAGCUUUAUAAUAAAACAAAUAAAACAAGAGCUUGGAUUAUGUAGGAAUAAACUAAAAUCAUUAAAAAAAAUACAUUACAUAAUUUUGAGAAAAAAGAAUACUUUUUGUAUUCACAAAUUGUCAUCCAUAAUUAAAAGUUAAAAUACAUGCCAGAGUCAUGGGCCUUAGAGGGUUAACUCCUAUUAUGAUCUCAAAUAUGUGUAACUAGCAAAUAUCUUUGGUGUUUAACAAGAUAUGAUGUUGAAAAAGUAACAAAUAAUAACUGUAACCAAAGUGUUAUGCCAACUCCAGGAUGAGAAGAACUAUGAACACCAUUCUUCUUUGAAUAUUAAUAUAGUAUAAACUUCAUGUUCAUGACUGCAAGAGAGAACCGAUGUGAUUUGAAGUACAUGACAUACAAAUAUGUUAUUUUACCUAUUUUUAACCUAUUCUAAGCACGGUCUUAAUGGUCAUAUCAAUACUGUAAUUUAAGCAAGAGGGCUAUGAUGGCCAUGAAAUCACCCAUCCGAAUAUAGAAACUCUCCAUGACAAGGGACAAGUAAUAAUGUAAACUUUUAACAAAAGUAGAUAUAAAAUCUUAAUCUUAAACUGAUAUCAUAAAGUUCAUAUUUGUAUCUGAAAUACUGCUAGUGUAAAAUCAUUACUGGUGGCUAUUGCUAAAGUAAAACAAAUGUUCCAAAAGGAUGUGUACAUAUAAGGAAAAUGAAUGACCCCACCAGGCCAAAUUCAUUUAUUAAUUUUUUUAAUUUUUUACAAUAUACAUAAAAGGAAAAUCAAUAACCCACUUGGGCAGGGCCAAUUUAUGACCCUAAGGGUUUUUAUGUGUAAUGAACGAACUUGGUAGACAUCCAUCAGAAGAUUUUUAUUGCCAAAUAUCUAAGCUCCAGCACUUUUAUUUUUUUUAAAAGAUGUUUUAAUUUUUUUACUACAUGUAUAUACAUAUAAGGAAAAUCAAUGACUGGGGCGGUCCCAACUCACUAAAAUAUAUUUCAUGCUUAAUAUCUAAGCUCUAGCUAUUUGUCUUUUUAAGAAGAUGUAUUUUAGUUUUUACUUUAUUCAUAUAGGAAAAUCAAUGACCCCCCGGACAGGCUAAUUUUAACCCCGUGGUAUUUAUUUGAACCAACUUGGUAGACACCCAUUAGAAGAUGUUUCAUUCUAUAUAUCUAAGCUCUAGCUGUUUGUUUUUUUAAAAAAAGAUUUUUUUUCAAUAUAUAUGUACAUAUAAGCAAUAUCAACGACCCCCUAGGGCGGGCCAAUUUUGCACCCCAGGGCUUUUAUUUGGACAAACUUGGUAGACACUUACUAGAAGAUAGUUAUGCUAAAUGAUUUAGUUUUCACUAUUUGUGUUUUUUAGAGGAUUUUUCUAGUUUUCCACUAUAUUCAUAUGAGGAAAAUCAAUGCCCCCCAGGGCAAUCCAAUUUUAACCCCAGGGCUUUUAUUUGAACAAACUUUGUAGACACCAAUUAGGAGAUCUUUCAGGCUUAAUAUUUAAGCUCUAGCUCAUUUGGUUUUUAAAGCAGAUUUCAAAGUUUUUACAACAUACAUAUAAGGAAAAUCAAUGAGCCCCCCCCCCCCCAGGGUACAGCCAAUUUUGACCCCACGGCUUUUAUUUGAACAACCUGGUAGACCCCUACUAGCAGAUGUCUCAUGCUUAAUAUCUAAGCUGUAGCUAUUUGGUUUUUUUUUCAAAAGAAGAUUUUGUUAGUUUUUUCUAUAUACAUAUAGGGAAAAAUCAAUGGCUUUUAUUUGAACAAUUGUUUUACCUAUAAUAAUGUCAACAGCUAUCCCUAACAGUGAGACAUACUUAUUUACAGUUUAUUGUAGAGAUAUAGUUAUAUAAUUAUACAAUUAACUAUUAAUUUAAUGAUCAUGUAAUCUUGCUACAAAUGUAGCUGGUAACUACUGACAAAUAAUUCCAGACAGGAUUAAAUGGUAAGUACUGAUAAGUAAUCCAGGAAAGCCGUUGAUGUGGACUGACUGCCAAGUUCUUGAACUCAGCAUAAAAAGCACACAUACUUUGACAGUCUGAAAAAUGUCAGUUGUCAUUUGAUUUAAGUGAAAAUUCUGUACA